AGCCGGUGAAUUAGGGCAUAUUCCGAUCUCCGACUCAUCAGUUCAGACUCUACUUUCAGAUACGCGCAGAACUCUGCUUUCUUUUUCAUUAUCGUCAGCCAUGGACGCUUCCAAUGACGACCCUCCCGUUUUUCUUGAUCGAACCUCUCGGGUCACCAGAGGAAAGAGGAUGACCAAAUUGGUGGACGACGAAACCGAAGAGGACGAGUUGUUCUGGAGCCAGGACGCUCUUAAAGAGGAAGAGAAUGAUGUUAACUAUGAAGAAGAACCGGAGGUUGUUGAUGAAUUCGACAGCGAUUUUGACGAAGAUGAGCCAGAGCCUGACGAAGAUGCAGAAAACAAUGAAACAGAUGAAAGGGCACGGCCCAAGAAGCGGUUGAUAUUUCCGGGAAAGACAUUGGCAAAGAAAAAGAAGAAGAAGAAGAAAGUGCUAUCAAAAUUAGAAGAGAAUUCUAAGAAUGAGGCAGAGAAAGCGGAAAAUCAAGAGUCUGCAGAACAGCAGCACGAUGCCCCUGAGGAUGGAGGAGAAGGAGAACGAAUUGUGAGGAAGUCGACGAGGACUGCGGUCAUCAAUAGACAAGCUGAGAGAGAUGCCAUACGUGCAGCGUUGCAAGCCACAAUGAGGCCAAUAAAAAGGAAAAAGGAAGGUGAGGAGAAGAAGAUGACUCAAGAGGAGAUGCUUUUGGAAGCAGCCCAAACAGAAAUCAUGAACUUGAGGAAUUUGGAGCGUGUUUUGGCAAGGGAGGAAGAAGUUAAGAAAAGAGCAAUUGUGCAUAAAGCUGUGUACAACGGCCCACAGAUAAGAUACUAUUCUAAAGAUGGUCGUUCUUUCCUGGAAUUUAGUAAAGGAACAUCGUUUCAGUCAGAGAUAUCUACGGCUUCUGUUUCAUAUCCCAAGAAAGCCGUUUGUGCAGUUACUGGUUUACCUGCCAAGUACCGUGAUCCAAAGACGGGGUUGCCUUAUGCAACAAAAGAAGCUUUUCAAAUUUUAUGCAAACGUUUUCAGGAUGAAAAUCAUGGUAUCCGAAAAGACAUGGACAUGGGAAAUCUAUUUGAUUCACUUUCUGAGAAAGGGUUUUUGGAAAGGCGGAGGAGAUCGGGGAGGCCGCGUAAGAAUGAAGUGUCAAAUUCCCGACAGUUUGCACGUUUCCGCAGAUUUCCAUUACUGGAGGAUGAAGAUUCUGAUUAGCUGCCCCAUGUGGCAUCAGGUUGCGACACCGUUGGUCUGCCAUCGAGACACGUGACAAAAGGUGGUGAAAGCAGCGUGUAUAGUGUUUGAUUUUUUCUUCGACUACCGAUUAAUGCAAGCUGACCGAACAAUCACCCUUGGUUGUUAGAAGAUUGACUAUGUUUUGCUGUUAAUGUUCUUAAUCUACUGACUAUCCCGUUCUUUCAUUAGGAAAAAGAAAAAAGAUCACAUAAUCCCAUUUGGGCAGUAGCUCUCGAAAUUCGUUUGGGGCUAAGUGUUUCGUUUCUCAAUUGGGACGUUAUGCUACACUGCUGCUGGCAGAUUGACAUUGUUGACCUUUUUUCACAAACCCUAGAACGUGUCAAAAUGUCAGUUUGACUCCUAACUUAUGACCUUUGAGGGAUUUAUAAACGACAUCUUCCACGUGUUUAUGAACUUCAAACAAAUUGGGGAAAAAUAUGAGAGAAAGUAAAAAAAAAAAAAAAAAAA